CCCAGUCCUGUGUCUUAUGGAAACACACACCGCUCAGAAGCCGGAAAGACUCUUACAGGAUAAAAUGCCGAUGCCAGGGAUUCUCCGACUUAGCUCUGUAACGCCAGCGCCACCCUAGCGGCGUCCAGCGCCUGGAAGACGCGCGGUUUGCGCGUUUGCAGAGCGAAUGGCUGACAGCUACCGUGUGGUCCUAGGUGAACCCGUCUCCCAAAGCAGAGUGCACUCUUAAAGCAUCUUUGAGGCUGACAGGGUUUCUAAUGCUCGCCGGUCAUGUCAGGCUACUACGGGGUCCGGAGAUCGUUCUUGUCUGACUCGGACUUCCACGGCAGUAAACCGUUUGGCAGCGACGCCUACACCCCCGGCGUGGCGAAGCCCUUCGCCUGCGAGCCGGCCGCCGCGCAGGGCCCCGCGGCGCUGCUGGAGCCGGGCCCGGCCGGACCCGCCGCGCUCCUGGGCGCCGCGCCGCUGCCGCCGCUGCUGCCGCCGCCCUUCCCCGGGGACCCCGCGCACUUCCUGCUGAGGGACUCCUGGGAGCAGACGGUGCCGGAUGGGUUCAGCCAGCCGGACCCCGUGCCCGCCGAAGCUCUGCAGACUUUGCCACCCAGCACGAGCUGUCUUUCCCCGCUCGAGUCCGCGAGCACCACCCAGCACAGGAGCGCAAGCUGGGGGGCUCCCCUGGCCGGGACUCAGCCCUACUCCCUGCACACGCUGGAGGACCUGCAUCACCCAGCAGGGUACCCCGCCCCGCCCCCCUACCCCUUCGCCCCUUUGGUGACCAUGUCAAACGACCUACUGCCCAAGGGGCUGCCUCUGUCCCCAGAGGAGGGGACAGACACCUCUUCCCUUCAUGAUCCUUCGCCUUGGACGAAAGAAGACGGGAGUAUGGCCUGGGGCGCCUAUGAAUGCCGCAGAGCUUACUGAGGGGUGGACCAAAGGACUUCUCUGCUUUUCUCUAAUUGGGUUCAAUAUUCCACAGAUCGUUAAGGUGUGCCUGCUCAUUGAGUACUGGGUCUUUAGGGUAGCCACCAUCUGCUAAUGGACGAUGGCAUUUAUCUGUACUCCUCCCCUCUGUAACCCCACUGAAAUCCGACUCAAUGUUAGUUAAAUACAUCCUGGACCAGGUGCUAGUGAAACAAUCUUACAGUGUGGUCAGUUUGAAACUUCAGGAACACCUCAGGCUCUCAAUCUUCUGUUAUCCUUGAAAUAUCAUUUUUGGCUCCAAUUUGUUUUCCUAAAUUACAUUAAAAAGUUUUUGUAAACAUAAAA